AUAAUGCUUACCUGUAUCUACAGCAACGUGAUAGACGUAGGCGCUCUCGGGCCGUACGCGCUCGAACCGGGCGCAUACAGCGAGCGUGUUCGCGCGUACACAGCUCGCGUGGCGCAGGCGCCGCAGCCGCCGCCGCCCGCGCCGCGCCUGCUGGCUGACGUGCCGCAUGCGGAGCGCGCCGCGCUGCUGGCGAGGCCGCCGCUGCCGGCCAGCGAUAGGGACCUGAUAACGAAUGCCGUCAAGAAAGCGGCGGCAGCCAUCUCCGAGCUUCGUGUGGAACACCACGAGGACCUGGUGGUGCCCUUCCGGGUGCCAUAGCAGCGGACCCCUUCGUCGUGCGAGGGCGACCGCCGAAGCUACUGACGGCACCCCACUGUCCCGUGGUAAGGCGAUGACAAUUCGAUAGAGUGAAUGGAACGAGUGAACCGCAAUGUUUGCGUUCAUUCAUUCUGUAUUUAUGAAGUUUAUCUGUUAUCAUUCGGUGUUAAAUGAAUGAAUGAAUGAAUAUCGACUCGUUCAUUCAUUUGAUUUAAAGAAGUUUGAACUUUAUCUGGUGUUGUUUGGUUACAAAUUGUAAACAUAAAUUGGAUUGAAUUGAAAAAGUUAAAUGUUUAGGAGCAGAUAUAAUAGUGAAUACCAAAAAAAAACAAUAUUUAAAAACCCACAAAAUGAUACAUUUUGUUACCAAACGAUCCAUUAAAUUACGGUUUGACAUUUGACUUUCACCAUGGAAUCACUUUUCAUUAACUUUCGUAGUGAUGUGCCGAAUUGACUACUGCAGACCAGUUUUGAUCGAUAAAUAAUUUUACUGUACAUAUGUUGAAAGACAGAUUGAUCGCCGAACAACCUGUAACUUAGCAAUCGAUCUCAAAACUGUAGUUUUUAAUGCAAAUCAGUCGUACAUUAUUGUAAUUGAAUUUGCAAACAGUAGAUAAGUAUUUAUCAAUAAACGUUAUCAAUGCAAUUAAACAUGUUUGGUUGGUUAUCGUAAUGACCACGUUGGAUGUAGAGCAAUGUUUUUGUGUUAAUUUGGUUCAGAUAAAUUUUUGUUUUGACGAAGUUCUUUAACUUUUUUCAUAAAAAAAUUAAAACGUUCAGCACAUCACUAAUCGUGUAAUAGUUACCGUCUCUUUCGAAUCGUCGGUUUUAGAGAUGGAUAGAAUAUGUAUUAGCUUUUUCACGUUACUAGUUGAAUGUAUGAAUGAAACCAUAAGACAGGAGGAAAUUUAAUUUUCCCUUUGAAAAUAAUGUGUCAGAACUUUCAGAGACAUUUUACAUUGUUGUGCAACAUUUCUCUCCUACUUUAAAAUCAAGGUCAUUGGUUUGUUUUUAAAUAUUUUAACGUCUCGAAAUCUUCAUAACAUCCUAUAGUGCCAUUUUCAUUUCAAUUUUCUCAAUACAUUUUAUUUUAAAGAUAUAAAAAACACUAUAAAAGUGGUAUAUGAAGUGCCAAGUUCAAUCAAGCCAAAACUAAACAAUCCUAAUACCAGUUAUUAAAAGCGUCAUUCAUUUAAAAAUAUCUUUAGGCUAAUAGCCGAUUUUUGACUGCCAAACAAUUUAGUCAUAAAUUAUCUUUGACAAUUAUGUCAUUAAUUUCAUUUGAACAAUGUCAAACUUACUCUAUGGCUAAAAUUGUAGAUUGGCACUUGAAUAGUCGACCUUGAGCUAGCGUGUACUGGUAUAAUAUGUUUAUUCUAUUUAUCCUUUAUUAAUCAUCAUUAAUCAUCCUGUAUCAUCGUGUGUGUAAUAGUUUUAAGUUUUUAACCAGUAUUUUCCUUAAAAUACCUUUUAUAUCAUCAUUAGUUUUACUUCUUCCACUUAAUAUUUAUUUAUCACUGUCCAAUUUGUAGACCAUCUUGUAUUAAUUUAAAACAGCACAAUAGCAAAUAAUUACUAACAUUAUCAUUAGUUUAUUUAAAUAUUUCCAGUCAGCUGUUCUCUCUUUCUUAUUAAUAUCUUAGUGACUAAGGCCUGGGCCUUCAUGUCAAUGGAAAGGUACCAUCGUUUGCAUGAAGGCUGAAGAAAUCAUGGGUUUUGACUGAAGGAAAUGAGUAUAUUUAAAGUAGUUAGAGAGAAUAUGAAAUAUUUGUACGUUUUUGAACAGUCAAGUUUGAGUUUAUACAAUAAACUAUAAUUUUUGACUCAUGUUUGUUGGUAAUUCGCAAUAAGAACUCGGUGGCUAUUGCUUAUUAAAUUAUUAAGCUAACCUUUUAGCACUUUCGGUGCGUAAAACCUUAAUAAAUUAGUUAACAACGAGGAAAGUCUAUGGCACGGUUUGAUUUUAAUCAAAAGAGUUUGUUUGACCAGGCGCACCAAAGACAAUUUAAAUGUUGCCAGCUACAAAAAACCAGGGAUGCCAGUUUUCCUACUUACAACGAUCAGCCAUCGAGUUCAAAAUAUCAAUUCUGCUAUUGAAAAAGCCUAAUUGACGUCUGCUUUUAAAACAGACCAAAUAAACGGCUUAAGGAAUGUUAUAAAUUGUAAAAUAUAAGAGCGAGGCUGUAUGCGACUGAGAGUAGGGUUAUUGUAUAUAGAUAUAUAAUUAAUUGAGCGCAGAAUAUGUAUAAAUGUUUUAUAUUAAAAAGUGCUUUAUGUACAGCAUUGGCUAAGCAAUUGGUUAAACUGUCACUUGUUUCUUUGAUUGAUUUAAUUAGAGUACCUACCUAUCACGAAUUUUAUAUUUCACAUUAAAUUAGUUUAUAUUUUAUGGCAAAAUUACCGUUUAACGAUAUGUAAGUAAAACUGUAAUUUAUUUUUGUCAAUCUAUCAUCUUUCGUUUUAACAUUUUUUCGGCGUGAAAGUUAAAAAUUUAAAACAUUGUAAAUAAUUUCAAAGAUUUAUAAAUUGCUAUCGAGCUUAUUGAUUUCAAUAACAUUAGAGAGUAUUGUCUUUUUUUUUUAUCUGAUUCAAGGCGUUUGUUGAAUUAACAAACUUUUAAGUUGUCAAUGCUUAAAUUAUUUCGACAUUUCAUUAAAAUGUAUAGACUAAUAUGAGUAGAUAGUCAACAAAUGUUUAGAAUCUUUCAAAGUUUCAGUUAUUUUAUUUGCUACUAUUUGUCUUGAAUGUACAAUCGACAGCACAUGAGACUAUACUUUUUGUUGCAUAAUAAAUUCCGGUUGCCGAGCAGAUGACCCCAAGCUUACCGAUGGAUAGCUUGGGGUCAUUGGACGAAAUUGUACGUGCUUGGCGACCGGACUUUAGCACCUAUUACAGCUAAGAUGCCACAGAGUUGAGCUUGAUGUUCUGUCGUAUGUGCAUUGUACAUCGAUAUUAUAUUUUUAAGCAGAGGCUGUGCCUUCUAAGUUUUUGUGUAUAAAUAAAGUUCUCGGGACAGAAAAUGAUUUUUAUUCGAACAAUAUUAUGUAAGAUCAUGAGAAUUGUGCUUUUUUUCUAAAAAGUAUGAAGCUAUGUUAUACAAUCUCGUUUAAUUUUGUCAAUAAAACAGACUUUGAGUUAUAAGUACGCCAUGAAACUAAUUAAUUGCACAAUUUAGUUUAAAAAAAGUUUCUCUUUUAACUUUUCUGUCCCGAAUGUAUUGCAUAAGUUUCAUCAUCGGUAAAUUGUUAAUUAUAAUUUGUGUAUUGUUAUAAAGAAAGAUAUUUUGUUAGAUGCACAUAGUUAAUGUAACGUCUA